CACGCUUCUUCCUUCUCCAUCACUUACUGCGGUUGUGAACUUCAUCAUACAUCACAGCUUCUUCUGUCUUUCGUCUAGCCAUUUUGCGCGCUUCUAUGCCUUGAGCAGCUUUCUCUUGCUCGGUAUUGCUUCUAUUCAGUCUUACCAUCUAAUUGUCCCCGCGACAUUGGCUAUUCGGCGCGUCGCCUCCAGCCAUUGCGGCGCCAUCGUGAAUCUACUUUUUCUUCUCGACUCCCGUCCCGGAAACCGCGCCCGACGCGUCCCAGGGCAGUCAUGGAGGCCGACUCAGUACACAACCGCUACCGCUCUCGCAUUCUGCGGGAAAUGAACGCAAACCGCGACAACCCAUUCAACUCCCCGCCUUCAUCGACGGGCUCCCACGGCACCGUCAGCCCAACCAUGUCCUCCGUCUUCUCAGAACCCGACGGAGAAUCCACCCGCAGGCUCAACGAGGAUAUUGCUCGCAUCAUCGGUCCUACCGGUGGGAAGAUUCAAGUCGACUUGGAUGCUGCCCACCGCAAGUGGCCCGAAUUCUAUGGCAAGCCCAAGGCCAACGUCGAAGCAAAACAGAACCGUCCCGCUCCCAAGCCCACGGGCUCAUUGCGUCACAAGGACACCGUCUCCCACAAGGCUAUCGUCCAGAAGUAUCUGUCCAACAUGGACGACGAUGACUCGACGGACAUGACUUGGCAGGGUUCUAAGCGGACGCGUGCUGAAAUGCAGCCCCGCGUCGAGGACAACGAGUCUGACAUGUCAGCCAACAUUUCCAAGUCACCUUUCCGAUUCGAUAUCAAUGCCGAUAGUUUCAAGUUCAACCCUCAACAGCAGAUGGGCCGUAGUCCCUUGGCAAGAGGCCACGCUCGAUCAGCAUCUGGCAACCACAAGUCAGCACGACGAUCUUCCUACGCCGCCAACACAGACCGACGGAAGUCAGACUUCCUGGCACCCCCCACACAAGCCACGCCGAAGCAUACCCCAGCCGAGAACGUUCCUACGAACAAGUCUACCCCAGUCACAUUCAACACGAUUCGAAGCACGUUCCCUUCGCCGGCCACUACCGAUAGCCCGGCACAGAAUGGCGCCACGUCCCGCUCUUUCUUCAUGCCCGAUAUCUCUCACCUUAACGACUUCAUUUCCGGCAACUUGCGCUUCAACGGUGCAGUGAAGAAUGGUGUCCCCGUCUUCGUGAAGAACGGGCAAGUGCGGGACCGCAUUGAUACCCUGCCGCCUAACGAUCAUGCCGAGGUUGACGGCCUUGCGAUUCCCGAAGAUGAAGAGAAGAUUUUCGUGUCGAUGGAUAUGAUCCGGAACGAGAUUUGCAACCUUCAGGAGCAUGAUGAUUUGGUUCAGCAGCAUGCAGUGGAACUCGAGAAUCAGGUGGACCAUCUCCAGACCGAAUUGAAGCGCAUCAAGGGCCGCAAGUCUAUCGAUAGUGCCCUCGGAUCCCGGACAGGCUCGGAGCCCGAGACAGCUGGCGAGGAGCGCUACCAGACACAGAAGCUGAGUAAGUAUCGUUAGACACCUUGUUGAAGUACCAUCUAACCAGUAACAGAGUUGGAGUCGCAGGUGACAUCUUUGCAAGCACGCUUGGACCAGGCAAGC